UCAUACCUUCUCACUACAAGAAAAAGGACAAAUCAGCUAUUUUCUACAAAAUUGCUACAUUGAGGAUGAGUUCAGUAAACAGAUUUGAUGCUCUGAGCUCUUUUCACUAAAAUGGGGAUUAAGCAAGACUCUACAAGUUAAAAUGUCUAUUGUAGAAAAUUAAGAAUUGAUCACAGCUACGAUGAAAACUUGGCUCCUCUUGACAACUGGAUUGUUCUAUCUGUCCUCCUGUUUAUGCCAGAAAGAAAACAAGUGUGGCAACAGCAGCUUGAACUUUCAAUAUGAUAGAUUACACCCCAUUAAGACUUUCUAUGGCACUCCGCAAGACAUGUAUGAGCCAAUACCUAUUUCCACCUUAAAUGGACUGACAAAGCCCAAUCACAAAAAAGAAAAGUGUCCUAUGGAAAUAUCCAACAACUCAUCAUUGAAAGUAAAUAAUAUCACCAUGGAGUACCUUACUAACUCACUGAGUGUGAAGAUGCUACCAGCUAUAUACAUUGCUGUUGUCUUAAUUGGAGUACCAGCCAAUGUCGUAACACUGUGGAUGCUGUUUUUCAGAAUCAGAUCAGUCCGUACUGCCAUAUUCUACACAAAUUUGGCUAUUUCAGAUUUCCUUUUCUGUAUAAUGCUGCCAUUCAGAAUUGCAUACCACCUAAAUGGCAAUAACUGGAUAUUUGGAGAAGCAAUGUGUCGAAUCAUGACUGCCGUCUUCUAUGGGAAUACGUACUGCUCCACCCUGCUUCUCACUGGUAUCAGCAUCAGCCGUUACAUGGCCAUUGUUCACCCGUUUACCUUCAGGACUCUAUCUAAAAAGUUCUUAGCUACUUUAACUUGUGGUAUGGUGUGGACGGUUGUUUUUUUAUAUAUGCUGCCUUUGAUAAUCACGAAACAAAGCUAUCAUCUGGACCAGCUAAACAUCAUUACCUGCCACGACGUUUUUAACGUUUGUGAAACUAUGCUCCCUUUCCAACACUAUUAUUUUAUUUUCCUUGCAGUAUUUGGAUUUAUGAUUCCACUGUGCAUUGUUAUUUUUUGUUACAUUUCCAUUAUUCAAACACUCAAGGCUUAUGAACAAAAGUGGUUCUGGUACAUCAAAGUUAGUCUUCUUGUCCUCAGCAUUUUUGCUAUUUGUUAUACUCCCAGCAAUGUUAUACUGAUUGCUCAUCAUCUGAAUUAUUAUUACAGUUCUAAAGAUAAUUUGUAUUUCUUUUAUUUGAUUGCUUUAUGUCUAAGCAGCCUAAAUAGUUGUCUUGAUCCUUUCCUUUAUUUCCUGAUGUCCAAAGUCAAUGACAACACCAAGACCUAUCUCACCAUGGUUAAAAUAGCUCAGGAAGGAAAAACAUAACACGUUUCUCCUGUGAUAUUUGAAAAAGUUACAGAUACAUACAUUUUUUUUACAAAAUUACCUAUUUAAGACUUCUAUUUUUAUAAUAUCAAACAUCAAAUUAUAUCCAAAUACUAAAGCUAUUCGUAUUUAUACCAUUCAGGAUAAUGUUUCAUUAACAGGGUUAAAAGUUACACUUUCAGUUUGGUUUGAUUGUGUUUUGGUUGUAGCAUAUCUUCAUAAUUGACAACAAAAAAUAAAUAAUCCUGGACUUUUUCUGCAGCAAUG